CUACAGCCGGUCGAGGCAAGAACCACAGCUACCCCUCUUUCUUUGGCACAAAAGAUAAGGAGCGAGCAAGCACACUUUCUUUGAGCCUGUGUGUGUGGUUUUUCCCCCUUCUUUUUCUCUUUGCGUGUGGGAGGGCGAGCGCCAUCCCAGCGCAGUGGCGAGGGGAUGAGAAGCAGCGCUUCUGGGUUUGCUUGACACGAUGUGGGUUGCAAUCGAGGCUGCGUGGAUGGCUGGAUUCGAGAGAAAGAAGCACAGGCACAAGCCCCCUUCGUCGGCCUCCUAACGAUCAAUCUUUCUUGUCAAGAGCAGCGCAGCGAGAGCAGAAAGGAGAAUUUUUGUGAGUAAACCAGUGUGUGAGAGAGAGAGGAAUUAUUUCUUCCCCCCUUGUAUAGACUGUACCCAACUUCUUCUCGAUCGAGCGAGUGAGUUUUUGCUGGUUGGUCUUGAGAUCUCGGUGUGUGUGUGUGUGUUGCGUGGUAUUCUAGUUGGUACUGUUUGUGCAGUGUUGUGAUUUGUUUUCGGAGCUACAGUCGCUGAGUGGCCCCGCGUUUUCUCUUUUUUUCUCCUCCUACCUUUCUUUCUUUUCGUUUGUCUGGGAUGGGCCUUUUGGACAAGCUGUGGGACGACGUUGUAGCCGGGCCACAGCCGGAAACAGGACUUGGAAAGCUUCGCGAGAGAGAACUCGUCAAUGCUGCAAGAGCCAAAGAGAAGAUGAUCCAUGCACCAGGAUUUCGUCCGCCUUUUCUCGUUACUACUCCCGUCACUCGUGACAAUUCCCUGGCAACCAGCCCAGGCUCGUCGACAUUGUCAGAGCUGGGGUGGAAGCUGUCGUGGUCUCCAUCGAACAGGAAAAUGGUGGACGAAGUUGCCGCUGCUGCUGCUGCUACUGCGAGCAGUCCUGAGCCGAUAUCUCCCAGUGCCUGCGAGUGGAUGGUCGCCAGUAUUUUGGAUCGAUAAAGGCGAAUAGAUAAGUCCAACCGAUAUAUGUGUAACGUGUGUGAAUACGAGAACUAUAUAUAAACAAAGAAGCAAUCAAAGAAAAGUUUCAAAGCA